GAGCUGCAAAACGGUGCUAUCUGUGUAUAUAUCAGUGAACUCCGUAUGUUGGAUGCUUAUAGACAAAAGUAAUUAUGAAGUACUGGAGUGGCACUAUCACAGUAUUGACUAUCCAGAGGGGAAAAGGUUCCAGAUCACCGAUAUACUGGAUAUUGCAUGGAAAGUUACGCAAAACCUGCCUACAGCGGAUGUAUACGUGAUGAAAGCUGAAGCUACAACGUUGCGUGCAGCUGGCAGUGAUCCAAACAACCCUAAAGUUAUUGCUGUCAACCUGCAGAAGGCGCAAAUGGUCGCCAUGAUUGUUGCCUUAGUAAAUGCUAGGAGCUAUGAUGAUAGCGUAUCUCAACUAGAGGAUGGUGUAACCAACACGACUUUAAAACAGAAGGUCUACUUCUUAAGGCCCACACUUCCAUACAGAUUAUACGGAACUUUAGUGGGAAACGAAAAAGUAUCAACAGAUCAGACCGUGGAAAUGUUACUGCAGUCUUCAAAUCAGAAAUCUCCGAACAACUCUCAUGUAUUUGUACCAGAAAGGUUACAAAAUAUGUUUCGUUACCAGAAGGACCUUCAAAAAGACAUGUUGGGACAUUGUUUGCUUCUAGGCUUGACAUUUAUGGACUUGUGUAUUUAUAAGAACCAAGAGAGUAUAGAUAAAUUGAUUAAAAGAGGUGAAUAACUGUAAGUAAAUAUAAUUUUUGUUAUUUUGAAUAGUUGUUGAAACAAAUAAAUGAGU